CAUUUGUAAACGUCACUAACCAGGAAGUGAGUGGAGGGGAGGGAAAUCACAACAGAGCUAAUAAAGCUUUGACAUCUCUGUCUUGCACCGCCGAAACACGCGGUUGCUGUGUUGUGACCAAGAACAGAUAUGUCACGAAAACCCAAAGAUGAAUAUUACCGCUUUUUCAGCGUUACCGACCCACGUACCCACGAGAAGGGACACACCGAGUACAAAGUGACAGCAAGGUUUGUGUCCAAGCGUCAUCCCGAAGAUGUAAAGGAAGUGGUUGUGUGGAGGAGGUUCUCAGAGCUGAAGAAGCUCCAUGGGGAGUUGGCUUACACACACAAGAACCUGUUCAGAAAAGAGGAGGAGUUUCCGCCUUUCCCCCGCGCACAAGUCUUCGGAAGGUUUGAUGAAGCUGUGAUUGAGGAGAGGAGGAAAGCCACAGAGGCCAUGCUCUUGUUUACUACUCGCAUACCUGCACUCUACAACAGUCCACAGCUCAAGGACUUCUUCAGAGGCGGUGAAGUCACCAGGCCUCUGGAUCACACCACCAUGUCUUCCGAGGGGCCCCUGCCUCCACCUCUCAUCCCCCUUCCCAAGCGGAGGGCCUCAGACUGUGAACCUGCUGAGGAGGAGGAAGGGAGGGAGGCUCCGACCUUACCCCAAGACCUGGGCAACAACGUUGGAUUAGAAGUGGGAGAGCCUGAGGUAGCAGCUGAGGCUUACAGUGAGAUGGGAGGCUCCCCGAGAGAAGAAGAGCCCAAGCAAGAGGAACUUGUGGAUACAGAGCUGGAUGACAUAGUUCCAUCCCCAUUUCCAUCCCCAGCGAGGAACCAUCAAUCACAAGAGUCCCAAGAAGAAUUUGAUUCCCUGUUUGACUCUGGGGCAGAGGAGCAGCUCCCAUCCCCGAAAGAGGAAGGUCCACCUGCACUAUCUGAUAAUGACUUGGCUGUCUUUGACCCCUGCCAUAAACAAGGUGAAUCCAAUUCCUCCUGCGACUACUCUGAGUUGUUCUCACUGCCGCCAGCCAGCCUGGAUGGAGGAGACGUGGCCUACUUGAACCAAGCUGCCACGGAGCUCACCUCUGCUAUGGAGAGGGAGCAGAAAGGAGAAUUCAGCUCUGCUAUUCUUGCAUACAGGACGGCAGUGGAUAUACUGAUCACUGGAGUACAAGGAGACCCAGAUCCGAUCCGGAAGGAGUCUGUGAUGAAACGGACGGCCCAGUAUCUAAAGCACACUGAGAUGUUGGUGGACAGGCACUCCUCGCCCUCACACACUCACACACAGGACCUUUAGAUGCACUGAGAAACUGACACACUGUUUAACACACAAUGAAGGCAGAUCAAAGACAAAGACACUCAGGACUGGGACACUCAUACACUUAUACUACACAUCACACAUACAUGUACACGUGUACUGUCUGUUGACACUCUUAAAUAAAGUGAGGACACUUUCUUGUUUGCAACACAAGCUAAUUCAGGUACAAAACAAGCACACAGACACAGUCACAUAUGAACACACUCCUGAGGUACGAGGUAUUUACAAAGUUUAAAUAUCUGAGAAAUGAAAAUAACCUUCAGCUUAUAAAUCUACGGAUGAUUUACCUCUUUCUAACGUUGUUUAUAUCUUGCUCUUAAGUAAGUAUUGGCCUUUCUUUUACAAUGUUUUAUUGUGAAAUACAGUAAUGUGUAUGUAUAUCUGUAAUUUGCAUUUUGCACAAAUAAUGUUUUGUUAAUAAAUGAUUUUAAUUUAA